UUACCGUUAGUUAUCUCACUUUUUUCUAUUUCAUUUACUCUAGUCUUGUUGAAUUAUUCAAAAUUAUUAUUGACAAUCAAGUUGAUUUUUUUGUUGAUUUAAGUAACCAUUUUAGAUUGACUUUGACGCUGCUCUUUCAUCUUAAUCAUGGCGGCAACUGGUGAUGGCAAUGACGCUACUCCUGUAAAUGCAAGUGUAUCUCCUGACGAAAGUGAAACUCGCAACUCUCAAUCUAAUUUAACUGAUGGACCAAAUAAUGUGCAAAUUAAAGACAAAAGUGAUAACAAUAAUAAUGUUCAACAGCCCCUUUUAACAAAAGAUGAAGUUGUUAAUGCUAACAGUCCAUUAAAAAUUGUGGUCGUCGGUGAUGGAACUGUUGGUAAGACUUGUAUGUGCAUAGCUUAUACACAAGGAGUGUUUCUGGACAGUGAAUAUGUUCCUACAGUAUUUGAAAAUUACACUGGAACACAAGACUACCGAGGAUCAAAUUAUCAACUGGCUCUUUGGGAUACUGCUGGUCAAGAAGAUUAUGAAAGGCUGAGACCGCUCUCUUAUCCUGGGACUAAUGUGUUUUUGCUGUGUUUCAGCAUUGCCAAUCUAAAUUCAUACCAAAACAUUAUUUCUAAAUGGUAUCCUGAAAUUAAGGAACAUGCACCCAGAGUUCCUUUUAUUCUGGUUGGAACAAAAAGUGAUCUCAGACCAGCAAAUCAAGCUACAACCCCGUGGUACCGUUCAAAGUGUAUCGAUUCUUUAACCUCUCAAAGAAAUGGAUCUGAGGAAACAUUCAUAACCACCACUAUGGGUCGUAAAUUGGCUAAAAAAUUGAAUGCCUCUAGCUACGUUGAAUGUUCAGCUAAAAGUUUAUCCGGAAUCAAGGAUGUAAUUUUGGAAGCCAUAAAAGCCGGAAUUGGGGAUGUAGAUAAGAAAAGUCGUUGUUUAAUCAUUUAAAUAAUAUUACAUGUUACAUGACAUAAAUGGUGAAAUGCAAAAGUUGUUAAGCAUUAUACCUUUCCUUAAACCAAAUCAAAUGACUGUCUUUUGGAUUCCUUUAUCAACUUGAUCGUACAAUGUCAAAGUAUUACACAUUCAAACGCCUUCGAUUUUGUUUCCAAUUUUAUAUUCAUAACAACAAUUCACCUUUGAUCAUUCCUACUAUUUAAAAUUGUACUGAAUUAAUUUACAUAUACACAUGUAUAGACAGCUAUUUGUGAGGCUGUCUCUACCUGACUGGCUCAAGUUUACUCAUAUAUUCCUAUUACCGAGCAGUUAACUGACGCUUUUGUACAAUUUAAACCCUUUUUCAUACAUUUCUGUGAACAUUUCAAGCCAUUCACUUCAAAUGUAAGCUUUCAUCAAAUUUUCCUUGAACCAUUUCUGUGAUUUUUCAGCAUUCCAACUAAAUAGACUUGUUACAACCAAUGCUCCUGAAUUUUCUCUUAUUUAUAUUGUUGGCCAUUUUCAACCAAUUCAGCUCAAAUUGAAGAUACAUAACAAAAUUAAAUGUUCAUAUUUUA